GAGACCCUCCUCCCAAUCAGAAUGGCUCGUUCUCCCCCUCCCGUCUCCUCUCUCCUCUCCUCCAUAUGUGUGAUGAAGAUGGUUGCAGGCAGCCCGGGCCUGUUUUCAAUGGCGCACAUCCUGCCGUGAUCCCACCGGGAGCAAGAGGAGAAGAAGAAUCCCUCCAUUCAGUUCCUGUCGUGGGAGGAAGAGACCUGGAAUCAAGCAGAGCUCAGAGUGUCCAUCAUGCAGCAUCAGUCUCCUGGAGUGGCCCGUCUGUAUCAGACCGAGUUCAUCCGGAGCGCGCGGGCCAUCGGUGUGAUGUGGGCCGUCUGCACGCUCUGCUUCGCUGUGAUCGAGGUGGUCAUUCUCAUCCAGCCGUCCUGGGUCGGCACACGAGAGCUGCAUUACAGAGGAGGAGGACCGGCUCCUCCCACUGGGACGCUCGGGCUCUUCGAGGUCUGCCUGGAGACUGACUGGCCCGUCCCAGAAUGCCGCGGGUCUUUGCGCACCCUGACGCCUCUGCCGGCCUUCCAAUCUCCGGCUGUGCUGGUCUGCAUGUCUCUGACCAUGGUGUGGGCCAGCGUCGGCUGCCUGUGUCUCUUCAGAUUCUGCAACGCCGCCACCGUCUAUAAGAUCUGUGCCUGGCUGCAGCUCACAGCAGGUUUCUGCUUGGCUUUGGCGUGUGUGUUGUUUCCAGACUCGUGGUCGUGUGCUGAAAUGCGGGCUCUGUGCGGGGAGCGGGUCAGUAGUUUCUCCCCAGGGAACUGCUCUGUGCACUGGGCCUUUAUUCUGGCUAUACUGGGUGUUCUGGAUGCUGGGAUUCUGGCCACACUGGCCUUUGUGUUAGGGAAUCGCCAAGAUGCCCUACUACCAGAAAAUGCCAAGGACGGGGACGUGACUGGCUUAUUAUUGGCAGCAUAAAACAGGAAGUGCAGCAUGACGUCAUCGUCCUGUGCAUCUGCUUACAUAAUCUGUCGGCAUAGAAACAGUCACCUGGCAACCGUCUCUGAGUGCCGUGAUCAUCACAGUGAUCUUGUUGAAGGUGGCUGUAAAUAGAGAAGAGGACAGGCUCGUGUUCUGCAGUCUCCGUGAGCUCUUCUGAUGCACAAACACAUCACUUGCUCCUCUAUAUUUAGAGCAUUCGCUGUGACGUUUCAUUCUGUGUUCUGGACAGUUCCUGUGCAUGAUUUUAAGGUGAAGUGAAAUGUUGAGCCAGCAUUAUCAUUUUAGUCAGUAAACACUUAUUUCAAAGUUGGCAUGAAAUUAAAUAGGCCUUUUUGUUUUCUAAAUGUGUGCCUCUGGUAUUACUGUAAAGGAUUAGUCCAUUAAUACAGUAGGGAUAUUAUUCAGAAACGUUUUUACACAAUAAAUCUUUAAGAUGAAAAUA